AUGCCGACAAAAAAUUUUAUUGCUGGUAAUUUUUUUUUUUCUAUCUAUCUAUCUAUCUAUCUAUCUAUCUAUCUAUCUAUCUAUCUAUCUAUCUAUCUAUCUAUAUUCAGGUUAUUUAAUGCCGACAAAUUUUCAUUGAUGGUAUUUUUUUUAUCUAUCUAUCUAUCUAUCUAUCUAUCUAUCUAUCUAUCUAUCUAUCUAUCUCAUGGCUUACUGAUCGACGCCGUUUAUAUUGGUGACAUCACCAGGAGGAACAAUUUCGUCUUUCUCUUUUUCUCCCUUUCUCUCUGUGUCUAUUCUUUUCUGGCCAUCUUCACAGACGUUUCACAAACAACAUUUCUUAUCUAUCUAUCUAUCUAUCUAUCUAUCUAUCUGUUCCAUCUAUCUAUCUAUCUAUCUAGGAUAAAUAUAUUCAGCUGCCGAGCCGGGUAUCUCAGUCUGUUGGGGGGGUUUAGAUGGGUUUUAUUUUUCUGUUCACAUCUAUCUCAGAUAAAUACCAUCUAUCUAUCUAUCUAUACUGUUAAUAUCUAUUUAUCUACGUCUGUUCACAUCUAUCUAUCUAUCCAUCUAUCACAGUCUAUUCAUAUAUAUUAUCACCAUCUAUCUAUCUAUCUAUCUAUCUAUCUAUCUAUCUAUCUAUUGCAGUCUAUUCAUGUAUAUCUAUCACGGUCUCUUCAUUAUUUAUUUAUGUAUCUAUAUAACAGUCUAUUCAUAUCUAUCUAUCUAUCUAUCUAUCUAUCUAUCUCAGCCUUUCAAUAUCUAUCUAUCUAUACUUUUUUUAUAUACUAA